AUGACUCCACGCAAGGACUCCAUUCCCCAUGAGGCGCGCACCGCGGCCGAACCCAGGCAGAACAAGCUCUACACUGUUCGACUAGCGUGUGUUGAGCAGGUCAAUCCGUCUGUUCGAUUGCUUCGGCUGGCACUGCCGCAAGAAGCGUCGUCGGCGGACGAGACGGCCUUCGACAGCCAAUACCAGGAAAUAUUCUCCUUUCUCCCCGGACAAUGGCUAGACGUUCAUGUCCCCGGUAUCCCCCAAGCAGGAGGAUUCACCAUCACGUCCACUCCAGCCGAUGCCCAGCCACUUCCAAUCCCAGAUCCCACUAUCAUCCAAGAUGGAACAGAUCAACUAGCCCAUCAACAAAGUGAAUUUGGGGUAUCAUCCGCAGGCUUAGAUGGGCGAUACCCCUAUGUAGAACUUGCGAUUCAGGAUUCACCUUCCAAUCCGCCCGCGGCAUGGCUCUGGAAACCUCACAGCCAGAUCUUGGGAGUUGAUCUCAGAGUCCGUGUCGGUGGCAGUUUUGUAUGGCCUCCUGCUUCUGUGCGAACGGAUCAGAUACACAAAGUUGUGUUUGUUGCCGGCGGUGUUGGAAUAAAUCCUCUGAUAUCAAUACUGUCACACUUAACCGAAGAACAAGCCUCUGGCCCUACAAUCUCUCUUCCCGAAAAAUCAUUCGAUCAUCCACUACACAUCCGAUUUCUAUACUCAACUCGCGUCCCAUCAUCAGUUCCGGACGAAACGACACUGGAUCAAGUUCUCUUCCUAUCUCGACUUCGAAAUAUCGUACAACGUACGAGAAUCGUCACCAAACAGCCACGAAACAUCAAAUUAGAUCUCGAGCUUUUCCUCACUAACAUCACAUCUCCUACCGCCGUCUCAAAAGCCGGCGAGAUACUCAAUAAGGUGAACGAUAACGGUAGUGUAGACGACAGUCCUCUCAUACGGGUCCAUGGCCGACGCAUCAAUAAAGAUGAUCUCGAUGCACAGACGUCUGAGCAGAAUAAUGACACGGUAUAUUACAUCUGUGGCCCGCCGCCAAUGACGGAUGAGUUUGUGCAGUUCCUCGAACCUAUCGUCGGUAAGGAGAGUGUCCUCUACGAAAAGUGGUGGUAAAGCAUCGUUGAAGAAAAGACAAGUUAUGAAUCUAUGAAAUAAUAUGCUAAUUACCUAGUGAACUAACUGGCCAUAAUGGAAAAUGUUCAAUUCAUACUCCUAGACUGCAAACCCCCAAAAGUAAUGUAACGGAUAUACAGUGGGUAUACUAUAACUCAAUAUGAAUCUCUUUCUUUCUUGUCGAAAAACGCUUCAAAAGGAAAAUGGAAUGAACACAGAAGCCGGUCAAGCCCGAACUUGACCUGCAUCGACAAUCAUCAUCUCGUCAAUCCUCGACUCGGUAUCGCCGUAUUCAAGGCGUUUAUACGUUACGAUUCGGCCGGGUCCCAUAUCAAACUCAAAAAAUCGCAUACGGCGGACGAAACCUCCAUAACCGCCGUAGCCACCGAACCCGGAAGCGCCGCCGUAACACAUCCAUAGACUGGGUUUGUUGUUCAUG